AUGUCUCAAAAUAAGCUUCUCCUUGCUGCCUUCUUUGCCUUUCUUGCAUUCCAAUUUCAUGUAUCCCAUGGCUGGAGGUAUGAUGUUAAACGCAUACCUUACGAGUGUACACAAGCUCCUUCUUCAUGUGGCAAUAUCCUCAACAUCUCAUACCCAUUUCGACUCAAAGGAGACUCUCCAGACUGUGGUGACCCCAUCUACGAACUCUCUUGCCAUAACAAUCAAACUAUACUCAGCUUGGAUUCUCAAACAUACUUGGUGAAGGAUAUCGACUACUACAACAGCACAAUCCGGAUUGCCGAUGUUGGCGUCCAGCUUGAAUACGGUGGAUGCUACUAUGCGCCGUAUGAUUUUCCACGAAGACUCUACGAUCUAGCUUAUGUAAGCUGUGAAAGUCCAGUGAAUUCUAGCACUUAUGUGGAUGCUUCUCCCUGUAUAAUCCAAACCAACUCAACCAACAACACAAGAUCAUAUCAUUAUGUUGUGGUUGGUGAUUUUAAGAAUACAGACUUGAAGGUCAACUGUGCCUUUGAUUUCCUCUCAUAUACAUUUUUAGAUGGCAACUACAAUAACUAUUCUUACAUGGACAUCCAUAAGAAGCUUGUUUAUGGUGUGGAGGUUUCUUGGGCUACAAUUUCAUGUGCUGCUUGUAGAGGAGAUGGUUUUUGUCGUCUAGAGAACAACACCAUUAUCCAAAGCUGCUUAAGUGAAGGAUACUGCUCUAAGUGCAACUUACGAUGCAAGCUCAAAUAUUUUUUCAACCAAAUGGUUCCGGAAGAAUAUUUGCUCCGUUUAUUAAUUAUUUUGGGUGUGCUUCCUCUUCAUCUUGCUGACAGUCAUACAGUACUACAUAGGCCCAACAAUAGAGCACAAGGUGCUCGGUAA